UUGUUAAGGCAGUUUGGAUAAUCAUUUCACAACGACGGUUCUAGGGUUUACUAUUGAGAAAUUAAAUUUAAAAAAAACAAUUAAAAGGAAUAAAGAUAACAUUCUCAAGUAUAAAUAUGUCCUUUAGGGUUAGGGUUGGCCUUGACACGAGACUAAAAGCUUUGCCUCUCUUAGUAGUGUAUUUGUUACAAGGAACGAUUCAGAGAUCGAUCGCCGGAAUGAGGAAACGACAAGUGGUUGUUAGAAGGGAGGAACAACCGAGAAGCAGCACCAAUUCAUCGAUGACAAUUAGAAGCGUGAGAUAUGGGGAGUGCCAAAAGAAUCAUGCCGCUGGUGUCGGAGGUUACGCCGUAGACGGGUGUCGGGAAUUCAUGGCAAGUGGAGAAGAAGGAACAGCUGCAGCCCUUACUUGUGCUGCUUGUGGCUGCCACAGGAAUUUUCAUAAAAGGGAAGUUGAAGCCGAGGUAGCUUGUGACUGUUCUUCACCUCCUUCCUCCAAUGGAGCCUAAAUAUAUAUAUAUAUAUAUAUAUAUAUAUAUAUAUAGCUUUAUUAAAUAAACCACCACUCAUGUUUGUAUAAAAGGAAGGUUUUAUCAUUAAAUCCCUCUCUAUGUUUUCUGUAGUAGCUUUGCUUUAACUGCUUGCUUAUAUGUUUGUAUGUGUUUCUUGAAGGAAUGAUUUUUUCUUCUUCUUAGCUUGUCUUUCUAUGUUAUGAAGAGAUAAAAAGAA